UAAGUGUCGCGCUUGCGCAGGAAAAUAUCACAGGCGCUUCAGUGCGUCAUAACCGAGCGACAGGCAAACAGACGCGUUACAAAACAUCAAAAUCACUCUGAACUUCAACCCAACCUAUGAAAUAAAUUAACAGUUUGUCUGGCGAUGUUCUCAGACGAGCUGCUGAUGCGGUUUCUGGACGCCUCGUCUCGAGGAGACGUGGAGAAGGUUUCGGUGCUGAUGUCUCAGUCCGCAGAGCUCCUGAACCAGCGAGGAGAGACGGGCUGGACCGCUCUGAUGCUGGCCGCCAGGAACGGACACUACGACGUGGCCAAAGUCUUGCUGUCCCACGGAUGUGACACUAGCGGCACGAACCGCUCGGGUCAGACGGCCGCAGACGUGGCCCAGUUCUGGGGUCACCGACACAUCGUUCGUCUGUUGGCCAGCGCUCCCGAUCCCGAUCUCCAUCGUCUUCUCCCCGAGCGCGCCGGGGAAGAGCCGGACACGUUCUUCAACAGAGAGUUUCUGGACAGAAUGAGCGUCAAGCGGAGCGACUCGGAGUGGCUCGACUCCAAACGAGCUUCUCCAGAGUCGGUGUUCCUGCUCUUCCACAAGCUGAAUCCUCUGGUGUCGUCGGGAGCGGGCGGAACCAGGCUCUGUAAACUCAGAGCGCCGCGAGUCCAGGAGAUGCUGAAGAACCGAGACGCGGUGCUGGUUUUCCUGGGAGUGGAGAAACAGGAGAAACAGGAGAAGGACGAUAAUCUGCUGGCGUGGUUCGCUCUCGAUACCGAAGACGAUCCUGCAGAAUUCCUGAAAGCUGAAGAUCCCGGUUGUUUUUUCCUUCCGGGAGCGAUGCCGGGACUUUUGAGGCUGAGUGACGAUGAUGCAGGCGUUGUGGCUCAGGCCAGAUCGGUUCUCGCGUGGCACAGCCGGUACCUGUUCUGCCCGACGUGUGGCAGCACCACUAAAGUAGAGGAGGCCGGCUACAAGAGGACCUGUUUGAAAGCAGGCUGCAGAAGUCUCCAGGGCGUCCACAACACCUGUUAUCCCAGAGUUGAUCCGGUGGUGAUCAUGUUAGUCCUUCACCCCGACGGGAAUCAGUGUCUGCUGGGACGCAAGAAGAGCUUUCCUCCAGGACUGUUCUCCUGCCUCGCCGGGUUCGUAGAGCCAGGUGAGGCGCUGGAGUCGGCGGUGCGGCGGGAGGUUCUGGAGGAGAGUGGUGUUCAGGUGGGACCCGUGCAGUACCUGUCGAGUCAGGCCUGGCCGAUGCCCUCCUGCCUGAUGAUUGGCUGCCACUGCGUCGCUCUGACCACUGACGUCACGGCGGACGAGAGCGAGAUCGAAGAGGCGCGCUGGUUCACACGCCAGCAGGUGAUGGACGCUCUGGUGAAAGACCAGCGUGCGGUGUUCAACAUGCCCCCCCGACAGGCCAUCGCACAUCUCCUGCUCAAACACUGGGCCGGCUGCACCGCUAACCUCUGA